CGAGGAUCAGCUGUUGGGUGCUUGUAGGCAGGGAGGAAGUGAUGCAGGAAAAUGUCCAUAAUGUAGCUCCACUCAAUGACUAAAAGGGGGAAGCACAAAGAAAUUGGGUGAUUUAGUCCGAGCUGGCGUUUUAACUCACACCUAACAGCGAACACAACUGAAGGUGGACUCUAAAGCUAGUUGCUAGCUUGUUACUUGCUUAUUUUCUAAGCGUGGAACAGAAUUCAACAUUGAUGUGGAAGUUUUUUUUUGUGAUCAGCUGCUAGCUAGUUAGCUAGCAAUCUGAGUUAACGCGACGAGUUUGCUUCAGUUCGUAUUUUUUGGCUAACUUCUUUAACUACUAAAUUUCUUCAGCUAUUCACAAAGUGAUGUACAUCCACACUCGACCGAAUGUGUUUUCCCCUAAAGCAUUGUGGAUGGCAAGGUCACAAUGAUGGAGCUCAGUAGAAAGACAAUGCCAUCUGAAGGAUUGGUUUUUAAAUCUUCCCAUUGAAGACUUGGAUCGUGGUAGAUUUAGCAGAGGCUUGAGGGUAUGUUGAGACGUCUUGUGAGGCCAGAGAAGAGGCGUCUAGGUGGUUCAGACGGGGACUGAAGGCGAGGAGGAAAGACAGACGAGGGACCGGGAGGAAGACAUGGGCCAGUGUGUCACCAAGUGUAAGAAUCCGACAUCCUCGCUCGGCAGCAAGAGUGGAGACAAGGAAAGCGGAGGAAAGUCUCACAAGAAAGGUGGCAGCGCUGGUGGUGUCGGGAGCCACAAAGAGGAUCCUGGUACCCAGUGUAGCAAAGCCACCAAUGAGCUGUCAAAUGGCACCAAACCUUUAGAGGUCACAGUGGAGACGCCCAUCAUCACUGCAGGGGACACACGCAAGGAUGAGCUUCUGGAUGGAGAUGGGCUGUCGGUCAAGCGCAUUGAGGAGCUGUUCUGCUGUUACAAAGAUGAACAGGAAGAUACCAUCUUGGAAGAGGGCAUGGAGAGGUUUUGUAAUGACCUGUGCGUUGACCCGGCUGAGUUUCGUGUCCUGGUUCUUGCCUGGAAGUUUCAAGCAGCAACCAUGUGCAAGUUUACAAGGAAGGAGUUUGUCGAAGGAUGCAAGGCUAUCCAAGCAGACAGCCUCGAAGGCAUCUGUUCACGGUUCCCCUGCAUGUUGCUGGAGGCCCAGGGUGAGGAGAACUUCAAAGACCUGUACCGCUUCACCUUCCAGUUUGGCCUGGACGCCGAGGAGGGGCAGCGCUCGCUGCAGCGCGAAAUUGCCAUUGCCCUAUGGCGGCUGGUUUUCACGCAGGACACACCUCCGAUCCUAGAGCGCUGGCUGGACUUCCUUUCAGAGAACCCCUCAGGUAUUCGGGGCAUCUCAAGGGACACGUGGAACAUGUUCCUCAACUUCACCCAGGCGAUUGGGCCCGACCUGAGCAACUACAGCGAGGACGAGGCUUGGCCCAGCCUCUUUGAUACGUUUGUAGAGUGGGAGCUGGAGCGCAGGAAAAAAGAGGAGGAGCAGGCACUAACAGCAAAGGAGGAAGAGGGGAGGUGUACUGAGACAGACUGCUCUCCCACCUCAGAUAGACUUGAAACAGAGGGAAGCCGCGGCUCACAGACGUGGGGGGGCCACUGACCAGAAAACAAACGAAUAUUUGUAAAGGAGGGAAGGAUACAACCUAUAUGAGUGAACUAUACAUCUGUGAAUCAAUGGAUGAAUAUUAGUAUUACCAUAACAGCUGUUCAUUUUGCUCCCCUUUUUCUGUUGGGGUGGGGUUUCUGCUUUUCCAACCCUGUUUUUUGGUUUUUCAAAGGGCUCCAAGAACUGUUGUGUUUAAUGCACUUCUAUUUAAGUUAUUGUUUUAUUCUUCUGUCCUCCCAUAUUUGGGUUUUGUUUGGUUUUUAGUAAUUGGACAAGAAGUCCAUUUUAACAUACAACUACCUACCACAAUCCAGCAAAAUUAGCUCUUUUUAAAGCUCUGUUUCAAAGGGCAACACACGAGGUUCCCCCCUACAAUUACAGAAAGUGGAUUUCGACCUGUUAGUACCACUCAUCUUGUACAAGGAAAUGGUUGUUAUUAUAAUAAUAAUAAUGAUAAUAACAAUAAUAAUAAUAAAGACGAAGGGAAAAUCGGGCAGCAUGUCCACAGAUAAUUUACUACCACACACAAGAUUUACCAUAAGGGUAGGAGUCAGUGAAAUUGGAUUAAUAUAGUUGCAUUGUAUGUUUUUUAUCUUGCAGUGCUGUGAAAUUUGAAUUGGUUCCACUUGAAUUGCCUUCACAACUGUCUGCCUGCAAUUACUCAACUAAUAGUAAUGGAUUACAAUUCUGUAACAAGGGCAUUUCAUUUUUUUAAAAAAUGAUACAAACUUAAGUUUCAAUUGGUUUUAAAUCCAAGUUGCUUUCCAUGGUUACAGAUACAACUUCUCAUCUGUGUUGAGUGUUGUUGUUUUUUUUUUGAGUGCUUACAGUGCGGUGAUCAGCUUAGCUUGUGUAAGCUGCUGCUGUACUCCGUUCUCUACCAUUUUGUUGUCCACCUAUUUUCAAGAAGCAGAAAAUGUCAUAUACAACACAAUGAUGUUGCCUUUUUUUCCAAUAUAAGGAAACCUGUAUCUCAACAAAUCUAUUAAAGCAAGGUCUUGGUCAUUUCUGGUCAGAAGAUGCCUAAGCCUGCGUUAUAUUCAGGAUCAUUACACUGGGCGCGACAUGAAGCUUUAUUGUAUAUUGUUUACUUUUGGGAGUUUGAAGCUUCACAGUCUUGAACUGCUAAACAAAAAUAGAAUAUGUGCACACUUCACAAAUAAAGUUGAUUGCUGCUGGUGAUGGUUGUAAUAAAUUGCACAAAAACCUAUGGCAUGCUAAGAUGCUAUACUUGGGAACGCUUUGCAGAGAGAUUGAUGUCAACCACAUCGAAACCCUCUUCAAAAAUGUUAAUUAAUUUUAUCUAUAGCUUAGAGGUUUCUUUUUUUUUUUUUUUUUUUUUUUUUGCCAUGAGUGAGUGUUAAUUAGACUGGUUAAUCAAGAGUCUCCGAUGGAGGUUCAGUGUAAGAGGGUGACCAUAACCUGAUUUGUCUGGUUUACAGCUACAAUGGUUUUAUUUUAACUCCCCCACCCCUCCUCUUCCCUUUUCCUUUUUUUAUAUAAAAUGUAUUGAUUUAUAAUAAAUAAAAGCAGUGUUGAAUUUUUGACCUUGAAAA